UUUCUGGAGGUCAGAGGAGAGGAUACAGAGCUGUCUUGUGGAGUCUAAGAAGGAGAAGAACUUUGUAGACUUUCUUCCAUCUUUUUCACCUUUUUUACUUCCAUGAUUUUAUCCAAAAUGACCAUGCUCAAGGUGAAAACGAUGGCUACCUGCGACCCUCUUGCAACAAUCUGUUCAGGCACCGACUGCCUUGUUCCUCCCAGUAACUUUAACGCAAUCCUGAGCCUGGUGAUGAGCGUCGUGCUCACCGUCAUGCUUUCGUUGGUCAUGUUCGCCAUGGGCUGCACUGUCGAUGCCAAUAAACUGUGGGGCCACAUCCGGAGACCCUGGGGUAUCUUCAUUGGCUUCCUCUGCCAGUUUGGCAUCAUGCCGUUCACAGCCUUCGCUUUGUCUUUGGCCUUUGGAGUGCUUCCUGUUCAGGCUAUUGCCAUCAUUAUUAUGGGCUGCUGUCCUGGAGGAACCGGCUCUAAUAUCAUCUGCUACUGGCUGGAUGGAGACAUGGACCUCAGUAUCAGUAUGACAGCCUGCUCCUCUAUCUUGGCGUUAGGGAUGAUGCCUCUCUGUCUGCUCAUUUACACCUCCACCUGGACUUCCGCCAACACCAUCCAGAUCCCAUAUGACAGCAUCGGUAUCACUCUGGUGUCCCUUCUUGUCCCGAUUGCUCUGGGUAUGUACGUUAAACGCAGAUGGCCCCGGGCUGCAAAGAAGAUUCUUAAGGUGGGGUCCAUUGCCGGCUUUCUGCUCAUCAUCGUCAUAGCUGUGAUUGGAGGAAUUCUCUACCAGUCCUCCUGGACCAUUGCACCAUCCUUGUGGAUAAUUGGGACAAUCUAUCCCUUCAUAGGGUUCGGUUUGGGCUUCUUCAUGGCCCGCUUUGCAGGUCAACCCUGGUUCAGAUGUCGAACCAUCGCUUUGGAGACGGGUUUCCAGAACUCCCAGCUGUGCAGCACCAUCAUCCAGCUGUCCUUCAGUGCUGAGGAGCUGGAGGUCAUGUUCGCGUUCCCCCUCAUCUACAGCAUCUUCCAGCUGGUGGUGGCACUCAUAUCUGUUGGAAGUUACCAAGCAUUUAAGAAACACUGCAGCAGAGGUUCAGACGACACAGACAGCGAGGCUCCGUCCCUGAGGGACAAGGACGGUGAAGAGAAGCCAAAGGACGGAGCUCAGGACAAUUAUGGCUUUGAGUUAAAUGAGAAUGUUAGCAGUGGGGAGAAAGGUAAGAGUGCUAACAAAAACACCAAGCUGUGAAGUUAAAAAGCUGAAUAUGAUGGACUUUGGACUGGCAGGAAGAAACAUCCAGGACCUCAGCACUCCUGAUGACAGCCACCUCACUCAGCUAUGAACACAUACUGCACUCUGCAGGCCGGAGGUGUGCACUACACGUCCUGUUCAAAAACAGGGGUGCAACAUUUAUUUUCAAGGCAUUUAACUACUGUGCUGUAUGUUGUAUUUAAAAUCCUCUUUUCCCUGAAGAGAUUAAAGUUUGAGCUUUUAAUCUGAACCUGUAAAAAAAAAUAGAUUUAGGGGGGGAAAUCUUUAGUUAUAUGCAUAUUUUAAAUCACUGCAGUAGAAAGAUUUAUCUCACAUCUGCAAAAUAGAGCAGGAGUAGCAGUUGUGCCCUCUCUCUUGAUGAAAUGAUCACUUCUGGCACCAGCAGGCAUCGUAGUAAGAAGCUGUAAACAUAUCCCCAAAAACAUGAAAGCAAACAGUUUAGUUGCUUAAGAAGCUACGUCACAGAGGUGAAUAGUAAAAGCAGGAUUUUAGCUGCAAGAGCAUGACAACAGGGUGAGCCUAAAAUUCAUUAAAAAAAAUCAAAAUCAUCACAGAAAUGUUCGAUAUUUAAAGGUUGUAUGCAAUGACAUGAUCCCUAAUGUCCGCUGGGGGUGCAGUAGUGGGAGACAGCCUUAAGGAAUGAAUGGGGACAGAGGAAAGUUAGUACUUUUUAGCUCUAAAUGGACCUCUACACUGCAAUUAUCAACAGAACAUUUCAAACAUGACAACACUGUACUGGACCAAACCUGACAGCUUUUUGGAAAAAGACACACUUCCUGGCUUAAGAUUACCUGCUGCUGUUUCUUAGGUUUUAAAGUUGUUCUUUUUUUGUCUUGUUUUUUUUUUUUGCCUGAAUAUUUCACUACUUCUGGGUCACAAAAGUAGCUAAAUCCUGGCAUAGUUGUUAACAGCUCAAAACAUGGCCUUUUUUGUAGCAUCUUUCUACGCAGAAAUGGCUUCUUUCUCUGCAACAGGAGUCCUCCACUGUUGUGUGACAUCAUCUGUAAACAGUCUAUUUAGGAGAUUCUCACAAAAACAUGAAUGGAUAAAUAUGACUUAUACAAGCAAAAUGUAACUUAUUUGGAAGUAUCUUGGCAGAUUUGAUGGUGUAGGUUCUCACUCAUCCAGGUCAUGGUUAUCCAAAUCUUCAUCAAGAGGGCAACUUUACAAUGUCCUUAAACAAGAACCUCAUUUUGUUACACAAAAGACUAAUCCCCUUGAUAACUCAUUUAAAAAACAUACUUUAUAGAGUAUUUUCUUUAUCAAAGUAGUAAAAUAAAUGCAGAUAAUAAAUGCUGGCAAGUGGGAUUGUUAACACCUCCAUACUGGCAGGAGUGACCAGUUAAAAUGCAGUUUGUCCACUAAAAGGUUGAAAUCCAGAGACAGUCAUUACAUCGCUCUCUCCCUGACUCCACUGACAAAAACAGUAAUUUCCCCUCACAAACACAGGGCUCCUUCAUUAUUUUGUUCGGGAAGCUGAAAAAACACUGUUUAUGCAGACUUUAAGGGGAAUGUCUGGUGUAUUUCCUAGUAUUAUGUUGUAGCUGCAGACUUGUUUGGAGCUGCAUGCUAAAGAAAUCUGCUGUGGCACUCACAUUUUGUCCUGUCUAAAAUCAAAGCUAUGAAGUUUAGAAAUUCUAUCACUAGCAAGAUCCUAAAAUGUUUUCAAAAAUCAAGCCCAGAUAUAAAAAAACGGACAUCUUCUUUAAUAUUGUGGUCCGUUUUGGUUGCCUCCUCAAGGUCUUGGCUGUUGUAGCUUGUUUUCUUAGGAUAGCAAAGCUGGUUUCCCCAUGAUAAUGUGUUUAUUUCUCAAGCUCUCAAAAAAAACCCCACCAAUAUUAAGACAUCACCAGGGCUUCUGUAAUGGUGUGCCUUUCAAACAUGGUUAUUAUGUCCACUCUAUUAGUUAGAUGAUGAGUUUUGUUCCAUUGAAGCCCUAAACUGCAACGUUUUUCAUCAGAUUUACUGAAGUAGUUGAAAUUUUGGGGGGAAAUGGGGUGACCAUUUCUCAAUUAGUUGGUUCCUGAUGCUUGACCAGUUGAGUACUGCCUUUAUGUAUUUGCGUUAACUAUUUAAACCAGCUUCACUGAAUGUUUUGCCUUUGCCUUCUUACCUCUUUGUGAGUCUUAUUCAAACUGAACAUUUAACAAUGUUAAUGUGAAUUAACCAAAACCAGAUACUGUAAGUAGUUUACUGCAUUGUUGAUUAAAGAGCAUGUUGUUUUUUAACUUAUAUCUUUAUGUAGCAGUUGAAACGGGCCGUUAUUGCAGACCAACUUUUGGCCUCUGGUCCUGAUGCAAACUCUUCUUCUUCUUUACCUCAGACAUUCUCAGUAAUAAAUACGUAAGGUUCUCAAUAAUGGACAGAGUACUCCUCACACCCAUGGACUUGUAAAGUACUCAUUUAUGGGGCCUCUGUGAACCUUAAAAACUGAAACUAUCAGUCUUAAAAAUCUGCGAUGGUUAAAGAAACAGGGAUGUACUUUUAUAAUUCCAGUUAUCUAUGAAACCUUUUCUGACUUUAAUUUAUUUUACUCUAUUUUGUGCAAAAAUACGUCAGAAUUAAACACAUUUUUUCACAUAGCAUGUUUCCUUUUAAAUGUCUCAAGCUUUUUUGUACUUUUAAUUAUUAUACAUAAACAAAAUUGUUAACCUCUAUUUUCCUAUUUAAUUCUGUUUUAUAGGUGUUGAAACAAACUAAAAACAUUGAACAUUUCUGUUGUCUUCUUUGUCUUUUCUUUGUACUUGACAAGACUUUGAAUACUCAAUAAAGACAUUCAUAU